AUGUUUGUUUCUUUAUGCCUCAUUCUGUUCAUAUCUAUAGAUAUAUAUCAUUCUCUUUCAUUCUCUUCCUCAAUCUUUCAAUCUCAUUUUGUUCAUGUCUAUCAAUCUCUCUCAUUCUCUUUCAUUCUCUACCUCACUCUUUCUAUCUCAUUUUGUUCAUGUCUAUCAAUCUCUCUCAUUCUCUUUCAUUCUCUACCUCACUCUUUCUAUCUCAUUUUGUUCAUGUCUGUCAGUCUCUCACUUUUCUCUUUCAUUCUCUACCUCACUCUUUCUAUCUCAUUUUGUUCAUGUCUGUCAGUCUCUCACUUUCUCUUUCAUUCUCUACCUCCUCUUUCUAUCUCAUUUUGUUCAUGUCUGUCAGUCUCUCACUUUCUCUUUCAUUCUCUACCUCCUCUUUUCUAUCUCAUUUUGUUCAUGUCUGUCAGUCUCUCACUUUCUCUUUCAUUCUCUACCUCCUCUUUCUAUCUCAUUUUGUUCAUGUCUGUCAGUCUCUCACUUUUCUUUCAUUCUCUACCUCACUCUUUCUAUCUCAUUUUGUUCAUGUCUGUCAGUCUCUCACUUUCUCUUUCAUUCUCUACCUCACUCUUUCUAUCUCAUUUUGUUCAUGUCUGUCAGUCUCUCACUUUCUCUUUCAUUCUCUACCUCACUCUUUCUAUCUCAUUUUGUUCAUGUCUGUCAGUCUCUCACUUUCUCUUUCAUUCUCUACCUCACUCUUUCUAUCUCAUUUUGUUCAUGUCUGUCAGUCUCUCACUUUCUCUUUCAUUCUCUACCUCACUCUUUCUAUCUCAUUUUGUUCAUGUCUGUCAGUCUCUCACUUUCUCUUUCAUUCUCUUCCUCAAUCUUUCAAUCUCAUUUUGUUCAUGUCUAUCAAUCUCUCUCAUUCUCUUUCAUUCUCUACCUCACUCUUUCUAUCUCAUUUUGUUCAUGUCUGUUAGUCUCUCACUUUCUCUUUCAUUCUCUACCUCAGUCUUUCUAUCUCAUUUUGUUCAUGUCUGUCAGUCUCUCACUUUCUCUUUCAUUCUCUUCCUCACUCUUUCUAUCUCAUUUUGUUCAUGUCUGUCAGUCUCUCACUUUCUCUUUCAUUCUCUACCUCACUCUUUCUAUCUCAUUUUGUUCAUGUCUGUCAGUCUCUCUCUCUUUCAUUCUCUUCCUCACUCUUUCUAUUUAGUUCUGUCCAUUUCUAUUGAUUUCUCUUUUAUUCUCUUCCAAACUCUUUCUAUCUCAUUCUGCUCAUAUCUAUCAAUUUCUCUUUUUAUCUGUCAUUCUUUUUUUCAAUCUUUCUAUCACAUUCUGCUCAUAUCUAUCGAUCUCUCUCUUUAUCUCUCACUCUUUUAUUUUCUUUGUCAUUCUUUCUAUCUCAUUCUGCUCAUAUCUAUCAGUCUCUCUUUUUGUCUGUGA